GUGGAUUGUAGCCUAAUGCAACAGACUCAAAAUUCCAUCAAGUUGAAUUAUCCCCUCUGUUUUGGGACGACUCUUUUCUAUUCUCUAUCUGUUGCACGCAGCUGAGCAUCUUAAGGGGACCAUGGUUAUGUUGAAGAUCUCCGCAUUUCUUGUUGCCUACGCUCUGAUUAUUUGCCAGAUGUACAGCUCUAAUGCAGCUCCUGCCAGGCCCGCACUGGAAUCAUCACCAGAUCGAACUACACUUAGCGACUACGAGGCGAGAAGAUUGCUUCAAGCUAUUGUCAAAGAAUUCAUGCAGAUGACCGCAGAGGACAUGGAGCAACAAGCUACCGAGGAAAACAGUGUUACGACACAGAAGAGAGCCUGUAACACGGCCACAUGCGUGACCCAUCGCUUGGCAGACUUUCUGAGCCGCUCGGGAGGGAUUGGAAGCAGCAAAUUUGUGCCCACUAAUGUGGGCUCCCAGGCGUUCGGCAGACGAAGGAGGCUCAGUCAGGAGUAGUCAGCUCAAUGGCUCAUUGUGAAAUGGUCACCAGUCCACACAUCCACAGUUCCUCUUUGAUUGCUGUCAAUAAAAGAGAACCCGUCAUGUCCACAUUAUGAACCCUGGAAUGGAAACUCCUCAUUUUCAUCUGAACGGACACCAGUUGAUAGCUCUGAACGUUUCCAUCCAGCCAGACAUUAUAACCGCUCAUUGUUUCUGUUCGCUUCUUCAAGUGAAGCAACAUAAGUUGUAAAAGAAAAAGCAAAUGAAAAGAUCUUUUUUUUCUACUCAUCUGGAUCAGAGGAAGAGCAUCGCUUCAUUCUUUCCUCUCGGCUGAGAGCACAUUCAGUAUGUACAGUCUGGUUUGGCCCAUGUUCCUUUAAUGUGUCUCAGCACAUUGCGGUAUUUUGGGGAUCAUAUUAAAGCAGUGCCUCAUAAAAAGGCUUCCCUGAA